AUGUUCGAUAGUCAGAGACUGACCAAGUUUACAUCUUCAUUUUACUUGAAUGUACUGUUAUCAUCUCUAGCGUCUUACGUGACGGGAAGACUGGGAAGAAAGUUGUCAAUGCUCUUUGGGGGUCUACUUUUCCUUGCUAGGGCUUUCAUCAAUGGCUUUGCUCAAGCAGUCUGGAUGCUAUAUUUGGGUCGUAUUUUGCUCGGCUUGGGAAUCGGUUUUGCCAAUCAGCUGGGGGUGGCGUUUGAGCUUGGGAGGUGCUAUGGUCCCGACCCUUAUAAUCACAGUUGGGUCACUAGUCCUUCUGAGACACCAAACUUGUUGAUCGAGCAUGGCAAGACAAAAGAGGCUUGA